UGGGGUGCUGGGAAGCAGGAGGGCAGGAUGGCACCGCCGCAAGGGGUUGGGGAGGUGGGCGAGGAGCAGGAUGGGGACCCCGCUGCGAGCCCGGCGCUGCGGCGCUUCACCUGGAAGGAGAUCGAGGAGAGGAACGGGAAGGGGCCACGACCCCAGGAGUGCUGGUUGGUGAUCGAGAGGAAGGUGUACGACAUCAGCCACUUCUGCAGGAGGCACCCGGGAGGGGCUCGGCUCAUCGUCAGCCACGCCGGGCAGGACGCCACGGAUGCCUUUGUAGCAUUCCAUGUCGACAAGGCGCUGGUGAACAAGUACUUGAAACCACUGCAGAUUGGGGAGCUGUCACCAGAUCAACCUAGUAUUGAGCCCACUAAAAACAAAAUGCUGGUGGAAGACUUCCGUGAAUUGCGCACUACUGUUGAGAAAAUGGGACUUCUGAAGCCAAAUCAACUCUUCUUCUUCCUGCACCUCGCUCACAUCCUCCUGUUGGAUAUCGCUGCUUGGCUCAUUCUUUUCUACUUUGGAACAUCCUUAAUGCCCUUUAUUGUCUCUCUGUUGGUGCUGACCAUUUCCCAGGUCCAGGCUUCGUGGUUACAACAUGAUUUGGGACAUCUUUCAGUAUUCAAGAAGAUCAAGUGGAACCACUUGCUGCAUAAGUUUGUGAUGUGCCAUUUGAUUGGGGCAUCAGCCAAAUGGUGGACUCUUCUGCACUCCCAGCACCAUGCCAAACCCAACUGCUUCCAGAAAGACCCUGAUAUUGAUAUGCAUCCUUUCUUGUUCACUUUGGGGAAGAAAUUCUCAGUGGAGCUUGGGAUCAAAAAGACAAAAUAUAUGCCGUACAAUCACCAGCACAAAUACUUCUUCAUCACUCUUCCUCCAUUCCUGUUUCCCACCUACUUCCACUGCCACACUUUUUAUAUUGCAUACACAAAAAGGUAUUGGGGGGACUUGGCCUGGAUGCUGACCUUCUAUAUCAGAUUCUUUUUUACUUAUGGAGCAUUACUAGAAACAAAGAGUCUCCUGGCGUAUUAUUUUAUAUUCAGAAUGCUGGAGAGCAGCUGGUUUGUUUGGGUGUCACAGAUGAAUCAUAUCCCUAUGGAUAUUGACUAUGACAAAAAUUUGGACUGGAUGUCUACUCAGCUCAAGGCAACAUGCAACGUUGAGCAGUCUCUGUUCAAUGACUGGUUUACUGGGCAUCUGAACUUCCAGAUUGAACAUCAUCUAUUCCCUACAAUGCCAAGACACAACUACUGGAAGGUGGCUCCUCUGGUGAAGUCCUUGUGCGCCAAGCAUGGCAUUGAGUACCAAUGCAAGCCGUUGCUUACAGCUUUUGCAGACAUUGUACACUCUCUGAAGAGUUCAGGAGAGCUCUGGCUUGAUGCCUACCUACACAAAUAAGAAGAUGUGAAUGAUGGUACCAUUCACAGCCUGCCAUGUCUUUGCGUGCCCAGCAGGCUGAAGAGCAGAGACCACGAGGGACUCUGGCAGAAGACAAUGUAUGAGAACUGAAGUGUGUCUCCAAUAGAUAUGAAGUUACCUGCAUUUUUCACUUUUGGUCUUUCCUGGUGUUUUCGUUCAGAUAUGCUAAGAAUGAAUAGGGCGAGCAGAAGAUGAAUAGUUUGAACAUGGAGAAAGUCUGUGUAAAUUGUAUCUGAAUAAAUAUGGCCAAGAGGAUUUCUGAGCUUGAGUAUGUAUUCAAGUUGGACUGUGGACUGGUGCAGCUGCACAUGCCUAUCUUCAUGUUGGACUAUUUAUUUAGGUGCUCCUCAUUUGGAGGGUUUAAUGCCUAAUAUAAUGUUUGCUUACUUGAAGUAAUUUGAAAUUGUACAGGAUUGUAAAUUAACACAGUGUUCCAGCACUGUCCUUAAGUCAUAAUAAAUUAUAAUAAACUACAUAUCAAACAGUACAGCAAUCGCAAUAUACAGUUCAAUAACAAAACAAAUGUGUUUCCCAUUGCCGUUCCUCACUGUCACAAUGCCAGGCAGCCCCAGUUGUCAGUAAGAAACACAUGGGUUGAAACCAGCUUUUGAAGCCUGGUGCUCUCAUCAAAGUUUCCUUAUUCACUGUUUGGUUUAAUUGUACUUUGUGUUGGGCUGAGCCCCAUGCUGAUCUGGUGGAGUUGUUCAGAACCAUGAAGGAGCCACUAUUGAGUCUAUACCCUGAAGAUACUGUUCAACUACCCUGUGCAGCACAGAAAUGUAGAUGGAUACUCGUCCUUGCCAUUUAGAUGGCUCUGAGUGAUGCUGGAACACACCAAAAGGUACUUGCAAAGCUAUGGGGGCCCUCAUAGACCACUGCAGGUCAAUUAACUCUAGAGUUAGUGUUGAGAUAAGGAUUAGAAUAACAGCUAUGUUUAGGGUAGGAGUCCAGAGUUAGCAUGAGAUACAGAGUUAGAUAGAGCCCAGGUCCAAACAGAGACCUGUCAACUAGGGCUCCCAUGCAGAAGAGGCUGUGAAGGUAUAAAGUAACAGUCAAAAAGCUUUUGAAGCAGAUCCAAAAGCGGCUGCCUCCUGGUGUGAUACGUGGGCCAAUACAGGGGACUCCAGCACACAGUGAUGGAGGAGGAAGGAUAAGCACUCCCACUGCUGUCUAGGGAAUGAAUUAAGAGUUAUGGGUUAUAAAUAAUGAAGUCUUAUGACCUAAGUGGGGAAUAAAUAAAUUUACCUGAUGGACUAGUCUAGCAACAGGAGAUUGAGUCCCAGUUUGUUGUAUUUUUUUUGUUAUAUUUCUUAAUAAGCUCAUGAAAUAAAGUUUAAAUCACAGAGUACAUUGU